AUGGCAUCCACCCUGGCGAAGCGUGGCCUGGUGCGCUGGCGAAACGUCCUGCGGCCUGAGCUCUGCGCAGCGCUGAGGGCAGAGGCCGUGGCGAUGCUCGAAGAGGUGUCACGGCCAAGUCUCAGCGCAUUUUGGCACCAAUUGCAACGAUGGCUCCUGGACCCCGUGCGCGAACCCAAGGCACGUCACAUCUUGCGUGCACCACUGACCUCGGCGGUCCAAGAGGCCCUGGGACCCUUGGCGCAGCGGGCGAAUGAGCUGGAGCUCAAUGGUGCGAGGCUGGUAGAGCUGAAUUACACCAUCAGCCAGCCGGGUGCCCCCGCUCAAGCACCGCAUAGCGACAUCUCACCGCUCCAGUCGGUGCCACGUAUUGUCACGUUUUGGGCUGCAUUGCAAGACACGGACUUGGCUAUGGGACCUACGGUGAUUUGGCCCAGCUCUCAUCGGCUGGCCCGAGAUUUCAUCCGAAAGUUGCCUGAAGAGCUGCAAAAGCCCAGAGUCGUACCUGAGUAUAUGUACGUCGAGGGACAGCUACAGGCGGUAUCCCGCAAGGGACAACCCAUUCUGGAGGAGCAACUUGAAGAAGAGAGGCAGCAGUCGGCGGAAGCGGCUGCUGCCCUGCUCAACGCGAUCACGGCCUCGGGCCCCAAGGAGUUCAUGGCCAUGGCCACGGGCGACGUCGUUGCGAUGGACUGCAGAGUAUUCCAUCAAGGUGGAGCAAAUAUUUCUUCCAAGACGCGUGUUUUGUUCAACGCGUCCUUUCAGGUGGAUGACGUCGAACGAAGUGAGAGUACUGAUUCCUUGCAUGAGUUGAGCCCAAAGAUUAAUGGCUUCACAUAUCAUUGCUUGCCGGAAGUGGCGCAAGCAGCUUAUCGAACUCAUGACCUGGGCGAACGGGAGUUGAAGGCAGAGAUCCGUGCAGCACAGCGGUUGCUGUUGGAGGUGGCGGAAAGUGCACGUCACAUCUCGCCUGAACGACUCACGGCAUCGCAGAUGGCUGUGAAAGCUGCGGCUCCGAAGGCGGACGCACCGGUGGGCCCCGGGCCUCCGUUGCCUGCGCUGCCAGGUUUCGGAACUGGAGGAUCCAGCAGCGUUUUGGAAGAUGUUGGUACCUUGACGGCGCACGAUGACAUCGUGGAGUGGAAUGUCCCUGGCGUUCGCGCUCGUGCUCGCCUGGGUACAGCACAUCCCCUCAUCUCUGAAGCCUUCGAAGUGCACCGCUUUCCAGAUGUCAAGGCCUUGCGCCUCAAGAUUUUUCCACUGGGCUCCCGAAGAAGAACCAAGCCUGGACAUUGCUCGGUGUAUUUGACGGGACCUCAAGGUACCCACCUUCAAUUCAUGCUGCGGAUGGGCUCUGUAGAGCAUGGCCCCCUGGAGUGCAUCUUUGAUCGGCCUGAGAAGGACAGUGGCCGUCACGACUUCUGUGCGUUGGAAGAUGAGUUGGAGGUUGAUGGUAGUGCUGCGGUCCGCUUGACAGUGCUCCGUGCCGAUUUCGUCCCCACCUGA